AUGCCGUCUCCCGCGUCGCUCCUCCUCGCGUGGGCGGUCGCGGCGUCGAUCGCCGCCGUCGCGGUCGCCGCCGCGCCGACGACGAUGACGCAGCGGGAGAUGGACGAGCACGUCUCGCAUCACGAGCUCGGACACCCCCCGCGCGAUCUCUUCGCGGAGACUGCGAGCGAGCGCGCGCUCUGGAACGCGAGCGGCGACGCCGCGCGCGGCGACAUCGCGCCGUUCGAGAAGGAGAAUACGAAGAAUACGAAGAAUACGAAGAAUACGAAGAAUACGAAGAAUACGAAGAAGAAGACGUGCGCGCCGCCGUCCGCGAAGAGACUCGCGCAGUACGGAUGGCGGUGGAACGCGUGGAAGUACGUCCCGGACGCGCUCGAGGCGCGCGCGCGGGCGCGGAGAUCUCCGUCGUCGCGAGUAGUAGACGGGAGGGACGGCGGCGACGGGCCGAGAAGACGCGCGCUCGACGCGAAGGAUUCGAAGGAGGAUUCGAAGGAUUCGGUCGGCGGCGCCACGCUGCCGUGGGAGCGGGGCGAGGACGCGGCGGCGGCGGCGUCGUCGGCGUCGGCGUCGUCGCCGCAUCCGUCGCCGCCGCGGUCGCCGCCGCCGCCGAAACUCCUGUCCGACACCGACGACGACGCCCCCGCCGCCGCCGCCGCCUCGGACGCGUCCGCGUCCGCGGGCGCGAUCGUCUACGCCUUCGGCGUCGGGCGCGACAUCACCUGGGACGCGGCGGUGAUAAAGCGUCAUCCGAACGUCGUCGUGCACGGGUUCGACAACACCCACGUCGCGACGGAGUUCAUCGUCGAGCUCGCGAAGCGAGGCGGCGUCCCGAAGCGGUGGAAUUGGCACCGGGUGUUGCUCGCGUCGAGGGACGACGAGACGACGCUCACGAUGGCGUUACCGAGAUCGCACAAAGACGCGUUCGUCCCCGUGACGAUCGACGCGGCGGGCGCGGAUGGGAAGAGGAAGGAAGCGCGUCCGAAGAUGCUCACGGACGAGGUGCGUUCUAUACACUGGUUCCCAUACGACCGCGUUGGCGUGGUGAACGCCGAUCCUUAA